CCUUUUUUUUUCACUGGGGAUUUCCUUCUUUCACUUUUCUGGGUUGUGUAUAUUAGACGUGCUGUUACACACCUCUUUCAGUCUGGCUAUCACAGCGAUGACGAAUAAUAAUGCUCUGUCCUUUAUCCUGCUCCUCACUUUUGGUGCAGGAGUCAGAAGUAAUGACAGCAGAAUUCAUCAUGAGACCCGCUCUAUCUGCGGCGAAGACGCACUUUUGCACUGCCGGGCCACGUCCAAGCCUGGAGUCCAGUACCGGUCAGUCAUAUGGUACAAGGUCAGUGAUGCUCCCUCUCGCCAGUUAACUGGUCUAGUGAUGAAGAAACUCACACAUCUUAACAGCACUAUUCAAAGAUAUAAAGGUGUGGAGCGGGAUUUGAAACUGUUAGCGGAUUCACAGAACCUCAUUUUGCCUAAUGUGACGCUGCAAGAUGCUGGGAGAUAUCGCUGCUUUCUGUCUGCUCCAAUUGGUCAUCAGAAUCAGGAGGGAGAGAUUCAUCUCAGUGUCUAUGAUGCUCCCAGUAAUGAUAAUGGAACAUUACAGGAACAGGAUACAUUUUAUGUAAUACUGGCCAUCACUUUACUCAUGGUGGCAUUGCUGAUGCUGUAUGUAAGUUAUACGUGUCUAAAGAAUACACUAUUAAGCCACAAAAGCAAGUUCUCAGACGUAACAUCGAAGAAAAUUCAUCAAAUGAAGGACACUAUGAUUAAAAUGGAAUCAAAAGGAAUUGUAUGUACAAUUUUGCCCCAGGAAUAUGUGUGACACUACAGUCUUCAUGUUCGGGUCCUAAGCUAAGGGACACAGUAGAGGAAGAAGAAGAAGAAGAAAUUAAUAAAUGCAUGAAUAUAAUGGUGCUAUGUGGACAUUAUCUAAAGAGCAGAUAUUGUUCCGUACUGGAUUUGGGACAUGUGUGGUGUCCCUUCCAGAGUGGUGUUGAGAGGAGGUGGAGGAGGAAGAAAAGAAAAAAAUGUAUACCAAGCUCUGAUAUUCUACCAUUCCUUUAGUUUAUUUAAGCUAAGAAUAUCAACUCAUUUUAUAUGGAGUAAAAAAAAAGUUAUAUGUCGAAUGUAAAAUAUACAAAUUUGAUCUGAAAACAAGAAUACCCUGCCCAAAUCAUUUUAACCUACAGCUCUGAUACCAGUGUAUAUUAAGUGGAGUUUUGGCAGGGUGUUUAGAUGAGAGGAGGUCAGCAAUUUGCCAACUGCAUAAUUAGUUUGAUAGCUGAGUAACUCGUUGUUAGUGUUUUAUGUGCAUUCAUUACUGUAUUUUUCUUUUUAUACUUUAAUGUUUUAAUUGUAUGUAUAAAGCCAAAUAUGCUAUUGGGUUAGAAUUAACCUAUGACAGAAAAAAUGUAUGUUUAAGACUCAUGUGUUUCUGUGUCUAAAGAUAUGUUCUCAUUUUCUUAUUUAGAAAUCAUGUUAAUUCAUUUUAGCACCUUUUGGCCCAGUUUGAAGUGGGGGUUAUUUUUGCACUAAUGGCUAAAUGAGUUGAUGAUGAUGAUGACAACUGUGUUUAUUAAUAAAUAAUAACAAUAAUAAUUGA